AUGUCGUCCCAUUCUUCCGAGAGGACUCCGUCCGCCGCCGCCGGCGGUGCCUCUCCGGCGACCGGAAAUCCCCUAGCAGGAGCCCAUCACUUCAUCUCAAUGAAACUAACCUCUAGGAACUUCUUAUUUUGGAUAACUCAACUUCUCCCAUUCCUUAGAGGUCAAGAUCUUAUUGGCUUCGUUGAUGGCACUCACCCGUGUCCACCGGCAUUCAUCACCGAGUCCUCCGGCGGCUCUGGCUCCGGCGCCACCACUUCGGCUCCAUCAGUCCCGAACCCGGCACAUAAGGCCUGGGUUCUCCAGGAUCAGUCCAUUCUGAGCCUCCUCAUAUCAUCCAUGUCCGACGAGGUGUUGCACCUAGCGGUUGGUCGGAAUUCCGCCGCCGAAGUUUGGAGGUCGAUCUGUGCAGCUCUCGGGUCCAACACGCAGGCACGCUGCUUGAGCCUGCUCGGCCAAUUCCAGGCGCUCCAGCAAGGGGCGUCGACGCCGUGUGAUUAUCUCGGCAAGGCGGAGCUAUUGGUGGAAGCUCUUGCGCAGGCCGGGCAACCCAUGUCCUUGGCGGAGCAAAAUCUCUACGUCCUACGAGGCUUGAGGCCGGAGUACAGGGCGUAUGCAGCGUCUCUAACAGCCCACGCACCCGUAUCGCUCCCACACUUGGCGGAUCAUCUGCAAGCCGCCGACUUCAUUCUGGCGGACGACUUUGCAGAUGGAGCAGCGCCGACAGCGCUAUACGCAGGCCGUGGCAGUGGUGGCUCGGGACGUGGCGGUAGCGGAGGCAGUAACAACGCCGGUAAUGGAGGCCGGCAAUUCGGGUGGCGCGGCGGGCGUGACCGGAAUCGCGGCGGUGGUCGCAACCAACGGGUGUUCCACGGUGCCAAAUCUGUAGAACACAUGGACAUACUGCCGUUUAUUGCAACAAACGGUACACGACCCAACCACCGGCUCAAGCCCAUGUAG